AUGGUGUUUUCAAUAUGCCUACGCUUUGAAUUCACACACUUUCUUUAUCCCUCUCCUUUCCCUCUCUCUCUCUCUCUCUCUCUCUCUCUCUCUCUCUAUCUAUCUAUCUCUCUCUCUAUCAGUCCCCAUCUUUCUCGACAUGAUUCUCUUUUUCUCUCACCCUCUAUCUGUCUUCUUUUUUCUCUGGAUAAUUUUACUAUUUAUCUCUCUCUUUCAAUUACUCUGCCCUUUUUUAUUCUAUCAGUAUCUCUUUCAUACUCUCUCAUUCUGCCUCUCACUAAAAAUACGCCAAUGUCGUCAGCGUCCUUGUCGUGCAAUAGCGUCAACCACGGCCAGAUUCGUACCCAUCUGUUCGAGCGAGCCCGCAAAAAGUCUUCGCGAAUGAGCGCUGUUAUCGUAGCAGCUUUCAUCCUCUGCUGGACACCCUACUACAUCAUCUUCCUUGGAUUCGCCUUUUUCCACUGGGAAAACAGUCGCACUGUCACCUACUUCUUCAGCCUGGGUACCUCCAACUGCAUGCUUAACCCUCUCAUCUACGGAGCUUUUACCAUUUAUAAGGUGCAUAGACGCAGAAGUUGCAAUCCAAAUAGUCCAUCGCGCACUCGGUUAGUGAUCCUGGUUAACAAAAGAGGCCGCUCAACCACAACUACCACUAAUCGGAUGUCCGGUUCAGGACGGCGUCAGAAUACGACAGGUCAAACAAUUACCCAGCGUCACUCACUGACUAAUCCUCAUCAACCAAUGAGACCAACUAUUGCUAACACAACAGUCAAUAACCCGACUGGUGCCAACGCUUCCGCUACUAAUGGUAAUAUGACUAAAAGGAACUCCAAGACAUGGAAUGACCGAAAAAUGCUUCCGUAUUUUCGACAAUAUCGUCGUCUGACUCUGUCUGACUCUCCCAGAGAGUUUCACAGGAAAGUUCGUAGUUAUGUCCCUUAUCUGUUUCUUGUAGUCUCUUUGUGUUGUGUUGUUUUUAAAAGACGUAUUACAGAACUCUCUCUCUCUCUCUCUCUCUCUCUCUAUCUAUCUAUCUAUCUAUCUAUCUAUCUAUCUAUCUAUCUCUAG